UCCUCAAUUACAUCCAUGCCUAUUCAUUCGGUCUUGGUUUUUCUUGACUACGAGCCUCGGCUUCGACAUACCGCGGAACGGUUCCGACGCCCUACGAACGACAAUCUACAUGCGCCCUACACCGUGCGGCGUCAUGGACAUCGACUUAAAACUAUCACCUCAAUCUUAGUAUCCUCGAGAAAAAGGUAUUUUAAGUAACUCUAGACUUGCUCCACGUUCUCGACAUCCUCCACUCACGGAUUAGCCCCACAAACCGUACACCCACCUCUUGCGCUGCCACAUAAUCAACCACAGCUACCCCACAUUCACCCCCACCCGUCUCUAACCUUACACACAUUACAUACAUAUAUAUACAUACCUCGCCUACAUCAGCAAAGCUCGCUCCCAUGUUACUCCUCCGAGCCCGACCACUUCUCCAACGCACGAGGUUCCCACUCCCAUCCUGCGCCCCCCAACAAACUCAACUCCCCUCGUCGAUCUCAUCAAUCAGAAGAACCAUGGCGUCAUCCUCCAACUCGGCUGCUGCGCCGCUGCAAGAAUGGCUCGUCAUUGCGCCGGACCACAAGGGCGCGCUGGAGAAGAGACUUAGUGCUCGGCCGCAGCAUUUGGAAGGCUUGAAAGCGGACCAUGAGAAGUUUUGGCUGUUUGGCGGAGCUAUGCUAGAAGAGCCCAUCAAAGAAGGCGAUACAAACCCUCCCAAGAUGAGCGGAUCCGUAAUGUUGAUUGGCGCCAAGACAAAGGAGGAAGUUGUGGAGAGGCUCAAGAGGGACAAGUAUGUUACGGGUGAGGUUUGGGAUUGGGAAAAGGUGCAGAUCUUCCCGUUCAAGUCUGCUUUGAGGAAGCCGUUGUAAGUGAGCUUGGGCUGGUGGUAGUGGGGGAUCAUGCAUCGAGACGCUGGAAUAUGGUGGUGUUUGUGUGGAACUCUGUGUUGAAAAUGAUCAUAUUGAUGGGAGUGCUGAUUCUCUCCCUGCUGAGCGACCAGCUUAUGUACAUCUACGUCUAUUCUAUAAAUUGCAUAGACAACUAUACGAUGGCCUUUCCCAACCGUGUCUAUACACGCUGAAUGAUAAGGCCGCCCGUUUUCAGGUUUCUC